AUGACGACGACGGACGACGACGCGCUCGCGCUCGAGGUCCAACCGCCGUACGCGGUGAUGCUCGUGGACGGGAAGAAGACGAUGGACGUCCGGGCGUACGCGUCGGAGCGCGCGUGGAGGACGCCGUGCAGAGUUUGGGUGGUCGAGACCUCGGGAGGAACGCACGGCCGAGCGGUUCUCGGAGAAUCGUGGACGUCCGAGGACGGGGAGGCGAUGUUUAACGACGAGGGUGACGAUGGAGCGGGUCCGCGGGCGCGCGUGAUCGGAUGGAUCGAGCUCGGAGGGACGACGGAGUAUCGGGACGGAGCGGCGUUCGACGCGGACGCGGAGAGACAUCGCGUGGACGAAUCGUCGGCGUACUAUCCCGAUUUUAAGAGUGGAGGGACGUGGUACGGGUGGCACGUCGUCAGGGCGGCGCGAGUGGACGACGCGCCCGCGGUCGUGUCGCAAAGGCGAUUGUUUAGAAGCGUACACGCGAUUCGAUUUAAAGCGUGA